AUGCAAGAGCAGACUAUGAUACAUCCGUUAUUGUUGAAGCGGGCAGAUAUGUUCAAAAGUGAACUCAAACAAAUUGGAGAUAAAAUGUCUUCAAGCGCAGCCUUCAGUAUUAGCGAAUCAAAGAAGCUCACGAGGAUUACACAAAUUGUCGAAUUGUACGAUCAAUUCGUAAAGCAGUCAGAUAAUAUUUCUGGACUGAAGGAAAUUUUAAGUGAACCAGACCUGGAUGAAACUUUGAAAGAGGAGGCUGAACUUGAACUUAAUAUGACCCACGAGCAAUUGGUACAUACGUCCAAAAUGUUGAAAGCAAAAUUGUUACCACCAGUCCUACAUGCUGAUCGUCCGUGUUUGAUGGAGCUCCGUCCAGGAGCAGGUGGGCAUGAAGCAAAUAUAUUCACGAACGAUCUUUUGGAAAUGUACAUCAGAUUUUGCCAGAUUAACCAUUGGCCUUUUGAGAUUUUGUCCAAAAGUGAGCAUAUUUCAGGGAAAGGGAUUGUGGAGGCAACUUUAAUGAUAAAUGAGCAAGGGUCCUACGAUAGGAUGAGGCACGAGGCUGGUGUCCAUAGAGUACAGCGCAUACCAGAGACGGAGAACAAGGGGAGAGUUCAUACAUCGGCAGCCGCUGUGAUUGUGUUGCCCAAGAUAGAAGUUGACAAAAGUGAUCCUGAGUAUAAAAAGUUCAAAAAUGACGAGUUACGGAUCGACGUAAUGAGAGCCAGUGGCUCAGGAGGCCAACACGUUAACACAACAGAAUCUGCAGUUCGCAUUACCCACUUGCCAACUGGUAUAUCUGUCCAUAUACAGGACGAAAGAUCACAACUGAGAAACAAAGAAAAAGCAUUGCAAAUCUUGAGGGCCAGGCUUGCAGACCUUGAAAUGAGACAUCGAAUGGCUAAAGAAAGAGAGCAAAGGAAUGAACAAGUUUCUUCUGUGGAUAGAAGCGAUAAAAUAAGAACAUAUAAUUUUCCUCAAAGCCGUGUCACCGACCAUCGUUGCAAUUUUACACUUUAUGAUCUUGAGGGUUGUUUGUCAGGAGAACGUCUGGGUGAAGUCAUAGACAAUGUAGCCGGAAAGGAAACGAAUGACCGGAUAGCUGAGCUCAUCUCCACAGUAGAGGCCAGCGCCUUGCAUUAG